UGGGACGUCCAUUUUAUUUUACUUAUGAAAUUACAAGCUAUAGAGACUUUCUAAAGAAGCUUGAUGAAAACAAUACACAGAAGGAAUUUAAUUACACAGAAACAAACAUAUAUUUAAUAAAUAAGAAAGUAGCCAUUGAAGAUGCUAAUGAUAUUAUUAAAGAAACAAAUAAGCGAAAAAAAACGAACAAAGCAAAAACUUUAGCCCAACACGCACCGGUCAAUAAAUAUUGGUAUUAUUUUACCGGUUUAAUUGCAUUCGCUGCAUUCGCCACGUAUAAUUUCAACCAAAACACUAAUUUUGUUGAAAAUGCGCAAAUGGAUAAUCUUGACGAGGGCUUACACAGACAUACUAAUCUAGGAAACAAGAAAAGCCUAGCUUGGAAAGCUGAAACAGAUAACAAUACGAAAUCGUAUGAAGGAUACUGGUUUAUUAAAUACUUCAUUGGAAUUCCUAUUUCAUUUGAUAAAGCAAGCCAGAUAGACUCACUGCUAACACCAUGGAAAAAUCCUGGAGAUUGCUGGGCAUUUAAAGGAAGCAAGGGACAAGCUAUAAUCACUUUGCAAAAUCCAGCAAAAUUAUCCCACGUUACAAUGGAACAUAUUGUAUCAGAUAGAAAUAGCGCUCCUUAUGAACACGAAGUACAUGGAAUCAGAUUCAACAAAAGUAUUUGGCUCGGAUCUUACUUUUAUGAUAAAACUGGUUCAAAUAUUCAAACAAACAAAUUAAUACAUGUUGAACCUGAAUACUUGUAUAAAAAAGUAGUGCUAACUAUUAAGAGUAACCAUGGCAAUCCAGACUAUACAUGUGUAUACAGGUUUCGUAUUCACGGAUUUACAGAGUAAUAAAAUAUAUAAAAAAUAAAUCUUUAGAUAAUUACCAAUUAUGUUUCACAAAAUAUUUCAAAUUCUUUGAA